AUGUCCUCACCAAUUCAAACACUUUCUGCUUCUCAAUAUAAAGCACAACAUAAUGAAUUAAAUGCAGAUGUUGUUCUCGAUUAUUUACAUACACAUCCAGGCUUUUUAGAAUCUUUUGUAACGGGGCCUCAAAUUUCUGCAGAAACUUUCCAACGAUGGACACUCAAAAGAAACAAUAAAUUACGUCGAGAUUCUCGUCGUCAAUUACUCUCUGGGUUUUCGACACCCGCCGGCCGAAAAAAUUUUCGACAAAUGCUUUCUGACAAUAUUGUAAAUAGAAAUCGUUUACUUUACGAAUUGGCAUUGAGCUGUGCACAAGUAGCACAAGUUGAACAGUUUGAACUUGUUGAUGAGGUAAAUUCAAUCAACUCUGUGUCUUCAAAUACAGGAGCAAGUGAAGAUAUCCCUUCAAUUAUUGGGGGUGGAAUAUUCAACACUGGAGGUUUAAUAAAUUCGAUAACUGAUAAUGUGGCAACAACAAAUAACAACAAUUCAUCACCAUCUACUUGGCUUUCUGUAAUUCGAUCGGAUGAUGAGGCUGGCACAAUAAAAUUACGAAAAGUUCGCAAACAGAGAAAACCACCGGUUCAUGUUUUGAAAUUAUUCGAUUGUGAUGAAACACUUAUUGGUGAAAUCCAUUUCUUUUCUGUUGUUAAUGAUAGAGAUGGACAAUUUUUACAAGUUUUGACUACAUGGGCAGGUGUUGGCAUUCAUUUUGCUAAAGAAGCUAGUUCAAAGCUUUCAGUACAGCCUACCCCAAUUAUUGGUACAUCACCUUCACCUGAAGAUAUGGAAUAUGUAAAUAGACAACGUAAACUAAACUCCUUUCUUCUUGAUGUUGUCAAAUCCAUUUUCCAAGACAUUAUCACAAUGGAUACUGUUAUUCUUAAAGUUAUGAAUUUUGCACAAAAACUUGUUGAUGCCGAUCGGGCUUCUUUAUUCCUCGUUGAUAAUAAAACACAAGAGAUUUAUGCUCGUAUUUUUGAUAUUAGCCAACCAGAACAGAAUAAUUUAAAUAAUGAAAAUAAUAGUCAAAAUGGAAAUGGAGAGAUUAGUCCUCAAUUAAAUCCUGCACAUGUUUACAAUCAAGAUGGACAAAAAGAAAUUCAUUUUCCAAUUGGAAAAGGAAUUGCUGGACAUGUAGCAUUGACUGGAGAAAGUUUAAAUAUUACUAAUGCUUAUGCUGAUGAACGUUUUAAUCGUUAUCAUACUCAAUCAAUUCUUUGUAUGCCUAUAUUUAUUCGUGGAAAUAUAAUUGGAGUUGUUCAAAUGGUUAAUAAAAGAAAUGGUGUAUUUACUCAAGUAGAUGAAGAAGCUUUUGAAACUUUUGCUGUUUAUUGCGGUCUUGCUUUGCAUCACGCAAAACUUUAUGAAAAGAUUAGACGAUCAGAACAGAAACACAAAGUUGCUUUAGAAGUUUUAGCUUAUCACAGUGUUUGUAAUAGAGAUGAAGUUAACAAAUUAAAGAAAGUUAAAGUCAAGGAAACUAUUCCAGAACUUGAUCUUUUUGAAUUUAAUGGAAAUCGUCUCUCAGAAUUAGAAAAACCUUUAUAUGCUGUUUAUAUGUUUAAAAAACUUUUUGAUGGGCAAAUCUCAUAUGAUUGUGAUGAUUUAAUUCGUUUUGUUUUAACUGUUCGUAAAAAUUAUCGAAAAGUUCCUUACCACAAUUGGACACAUGGAUGGACUGUUGCACACGCGUAA